UGCGCGCUCGGUGUAUCGGGGUCCGACUGGUCGAGCCUGAUCAACUGUGUUUCUCUGUUAACUUUCACAUCCAGCUGUCUCCGUUUACAUCUAUAUUUAUAUCUAUAUUAACAUCUUUAUCUCCGCCAGCAGCAGCACCGAGGAGCCGGCAGCAUGUCCACCGCCCUGGAGAGCUACAUCAACCGAACCGUGGCGAUCGUCACCUCCGACGGCAGGAUGAUCGUGGGAACCCUGAAGGGCUUCGACCAGACCAUCAACCUGAUCCUGGACGAGAGUCACGAGAGAGUGUUCAGUUCCAGCCAGGGGGUGGAGCAGGUGGUGCUGGGACUGUACAUCGUUAGAGGAGACAACGUCGCCGUCAUCGGGGAGAUCGAUGAGGAAACCGACUCCACGCUGGACCUGGGGAACAUCCGGGCCGAGCCGCUCAACUCCGUCGUCCACUGAUGCUGCUGGCGGCGGACGGCCCGCCGUCUCCGGGGCGGCCCGUCUCCGUGGCGACGGGGCGGCCCACCGUCGCCACGGAGACGGCGUGACUGGCCUCCAGGGGGCAGCGCUGCGUUUGGGGGUUUAUGCUGCGUUUUCAGCCUCACAUCCACGGACUCCUCAGUGGAUUUUCAGUUUGUAUUUUUAUAAAGGAAGAGUCACAUGUUCAGCUUUUUCUACUUGGACUGUUCUUGUCAACCGGAAGUUGUUUAAUAAAGUUUGUUCUGUUUUACUGAA